CGGACCAGUCAUGGUGACCCUGGGCCUGUCGCGGGUGGACGACGCCGUGGCCGCCAAGCACCCGGGACUCGGGGAGUAUGCCGCGUGCCAGUCGAACGCCUUCAUGAAGGGCGUUUUCACCUUUGUCACAGGCACCGGUGCGACCUUCGGUCUGCAGAUGUUCAUUCAGAGGAAGUUUCGAUACCCUUUGCAGUGGAGCCUGCUGGUGGCGGUGGUCGUAGGCUCUGUGGCAAGCUAUGGAGUGACAAGAGUGGAGUCGCAGAAAUGCAGCAACCUCUGGCUCUUCCUGGAGACAGGACGGCUCCCCAAAGACACGGGCACAGAUCCACACAGCUAGGAGAGCUCCACUGAGAUGCAGAGGACCUGGGGCAUGGGAGUCCUGGAACACAGCCUGCAGUGCCCUCAACCCUAGGCUGGCCCUCCCUACGACACACAGUACCUCCCCGCACCCUAGGGUGCCCCAACCCUGUCCCCUGCACGCAUCCAUGGCCAGGCCCAACAAACCUGUGCAGACUGCUGCUGCCCAAACCUGGGAUCUACCUGGGACCUGCCUGGCAGGUCAGAUCAGAAAGGGCUCUCCCUGGGGUGGUGGCUCUCCCCCGGGCAGCAAGAAACAUGGUCGGCACUGUGAACCAGAGAGGGAUGUGUCCCGUUGCACACACGUGUUCUGGGGCAGCAGCCUGGGCGCAUGGUGGAAGGGAUUUGUGCAUUCUUUCUGGUCCUCUGGUGUCCCUUUCUGGCCCCUCCCUCUCCACAAGAAGUCCAAGGUGAUGGCUGGUACUGGGGGUGUGGGGCUAAUAAACGGCUCAUCCUCUUA